AUGCUAUUCAAUAAUCCAAAUUUUUAAGAAGUUAACUUAACAAGUGAUAGUAAUCCAAGACCUUCAAUUUAAGAAAUUGUUGAUAAAUAUUCAUUUAGGUAAUCAGAGAAGAAAACAGAUGAUAAAGAAAGAAUUACAUUUGGUUAAUCAUAUAAAAUGUAAAGAAAAACAGAAAAUGAGAAAGAUGAAAAAUUAGUAAUUAAUGAAUAGAAUUUAUCUAAUGUAUCAAAAAUUCAUUUAUAUUAUUGAGGUUCUCAGUGAUUUUUCAAUAAUUAGUGAUGAUCCAUCUGUUUUUAUAGGCAUCACAAAUCUUAAAGACAAAGUGUUAAACCUUAUAUAAAAUAAUAGAGAAAGUGUGAGUUAAAAUGAAAAGAAAAUAUAAGAAGAAGUUUCAUAAAUUGCUCUUGAAUAUUCUAUGUAUUCUUAAAUAGGAAAAUCAAAACAUGAACCAGAAUUAUAAUAAAUGUGUGCAUUAGUAGAGGAUUUUCUUUAUUAGUUUAAAAAAUCAAAAAAUUUAGAAUUAUCUGUCAUACAAAAUUUCUAAUCUGAUGAUUCAUUUUAUUAGAUAAAAGAAAAUAAUAUUGAAAAAUUGAAUAUUAAAUUGAAUACUUUAAAAGAUGCACUUAGUUAUCAAUUAACGUAUUUAUUAAAUUGAAUGUAGUGUACUUAAAUUACCUGAAACUAAAUAAAUCUUACAAAAAACUAUUGAUAACUUAAAUGAGAUCAUUAAUGCUAAUGAUAUUUCUACAAUUAAAACAGUUAUUUUUAAAAUUGAAUAGAAGAUUGAAUAAAUCAAAAAUAAUGAGUAUGCUCUACUUGAAUUAUACGAUUAUAUUAAUAAGGCUGUUAAAGUUUCUAGAUCAAAACUUACAGAUUAAGAUAGAUUAUAGAUUUCUAAAAUAUAUUAAGCCAUUUAAAAAUUUGGUUACUAAAAUUCUUAUCAAUAAGCUUUAGUAUUAUAUGAAUAGUAUCUAUAAUUACCAACAAAGCCUCAUAUUGAUUAAUAUAUUAAUAAAAUUUAAUAAUAAUUAUUAUGA